AUGCUAAUGAUAGUUGAUAAGUGUCUAAUAUUUUACCUUUUUUUCAGACAAGAACAGAUACAGAAAGUAAUAAGAGAUCAGUAUGAUGGAGAAAACUUUGUGGGAAAUGCAAUCAUUAUCCCAGCCUAUGACAAAGAUCCAGACAAAGUACACAUUCAGAAGUUAAAGACCAAUAAUAUAAGUAAUGGUAAACCAAUCAAAUACCUCAUACACGUCCCAACAAAAAGAGUACCAAAAGAUGUCAUAAACUCAACUAAUGCUUAUCUGUCUUUUAGAGGAGUCAUUUUGGCAGUACAGAAACACAACAGAAACCCAGAAAAUCAGCCAAUCAGAGGGGUUCUUUGUCCUGGUCUUGGGACUGCUGUUGGUAGAAUGCCAUUCAACAGAUGUGCUUUUCAGGUUUGUAUAAUUACUUCAUAUAGUAGAAAUGAACUUAAUUUGUAA